AUCGAAGUUACUGCUUAUUUGAUCUAAGACGCGCGUUAUUUGACUGACAAGGAGGAAUUGGACGAAAAGCAACUGAUGGCAAAUGGAAUGCCACAAGAUGUUUCUGGUCGUUUAUAGCUGUUUCGCCAAAGUUCAGCUAAUGACGAGUUCUGAAACAGCGACGAAGAGCAUUUGAGUGAAUUGCGAAAACGUAUACAAAUACCUAAAUAAAUCUAAACACGAUGACUUGGAC